CAUAGGUCGAUAAACCCAAAACCCUAUACUUUCCGAAGACCUCAAAUUCUUGUCGCUAAUUCUCUGCUCUCGCCCUAGCAGUCGGUGCUUGACAUCGCCGCCUGCUCUCCGGAGCUCUAAAGACAUCCCAACCAGUCCAAAAGCCCAAAUAAAAACCACGAAGUAACUAACGCGAUACAGGCAGCCUUCACCCCCACAGCUGUAAACUCACGCAGGCAGCCUUCUGCGGUUGACGGUUCCGUUCCGCCUUCAAGCUUCAGCCUUCGACGUCGGCGUCCAGCAUUCCAGGUCUCCAGCUCCAACUCUCCAAGCCUUCAAGAGUUCUGGUUAUCAGGUAUUCAGGUACACCUUUGACCUUCGGAGUUCCAACCUGCUUCAGAAGUUCGGCCAUUGUUUUACACUUUUACAAAACUACAUUUUUUAACAUUUUCUUUUAUUGAUUAUGUGACCGACUUUUAAAAAUUAACAUUUUCUUUUAUUAAUUUAUUUGAUUAAUAAAAACAUACGAUUAUGUGACCAGUUUAUUAAUUGAUAAAUUGAUUUAAUUCAUAGUUGUUUAAUGUUUAUAAAUAAAUGAUUUUGAAUAGUUGACAAAUACUUAGUUGAUUUGUCAUUUGUUACAUGUUAAUCACUUAAUUGUUGAUUGUUACCUAUGGAGUGUUGGUGUUAUAAUUUGUUCAUUUUGUUAGGUAAAAAUUUUCAACUAUAGUUAAAUUUAUAAGUUUAACUAAUUUCUAGAUUUAAUAAAAAUGGUGUAUCUGGAUGGGAGAAAAAAUGAAGAAGAGAAGAAUAGAUAAUGUUGCCCCAAGUAAAAAAGGUUAAAUGGAAAAUGUUGCAAAAUGUUUUACCGGAUGACAAAGACACUAUCAUUCAAAUUAUUGAUUUUGUGAAGGUUAUGGAUUGUUGUCCGAACACAACAAUUGAUUAUAGGAUACUAUUGACAGUACCGGUAAAACUGUGGCCAUUGCGGAAAGAAGUUUUUCAAAGUUGAAGAUUCUCAAAAAUUAUUUGCGAUCAACAAUGUGUCAAGAAAGGCUUAAUGGAUUAGCUAUAUUAAGCAUUGAGCAUAAUGUGUUAGAAAAGCUUGAUUAUGAAGCUAUAGGUGAUGACUUUACUUCACAAUGUUCAGCAAGCAAUGUAUUUAAGUAAUUUUUAUUUGGUUAUUUUGAAAAUGUAAUUUGACUAUGUUUAAUUUAAUGAAUUCAAGUGUUUUCUUUAUUAUAAAAGUCUUCAAAUACUAUUAUUUUGCAUGUUAAUUUAGUCAGAAACGAGUUAUACAAUUUUCUUUUUUAAAUUUAGUCCCAUUUUAAAUUAUUCUCCCCUGGGCCUUCAGAUAUACAGGGCCGUCCCUGAUUGCAAUGAUGUUCCUAGAUUUUCAUUUUUUUCCUCACUAUUUUCGUUCCCUUUUCCUCUUGUUUCUGUUUGAACAUCUUCUUUAAAAAUCAACUGUUAGCCUGUCCAUCCUCAAAACUUUCUAAAAAAAUCAUAGAUUCAUGGUAGGGAUUCUACGCAGUCCCACUGGUGGAGAGGAAUAUUCAGAACCUAAAACUCAACGCGACCCAGAGCAGGUGGAAGCCAGUGACCUGCUUGCCGAACAAUUGCUUUUAGACUUGGAAGAAAACUCAAUUUCUUUUGCCGACUCAUUCCUUGAUUUUGAUAAUUUAAACUACUGGAUUGAUCAGGGAUCUGAAUCGCAUAGUAUGGAGUCUGCUGUCAAUGUUGAUAGCGUAUUUGGCUGUGAUGGAGCUCAUGAACAGGUAGAGUAUUCGGAGCAAAAAGAAAAGAUCGGUUCAUUGAGCUAUUUGGAAGCUAAAAAGAUAUACGAUAGUGAGGAAGUUAAAGUUAAGGAGGAGAUAGUGGUGAAUUCCGUAGAUGAGACGGUGGGGGAGUUGGGCUGUGUGACUGAGGACUUGAUUGAUCAGAAAUCGGACUCACAUAGUAUGAAGUCUGCUGUCAAUGUUGAUGGUGAAGAGGUAGAAUAUUCAGAGGAAAAAGAAAAGAUAGGCUCAUUAAGGUAUUUGGAAGCUGAAAAGAUAGAUUGUGGUGAGGAAGUCAAAGAGGAGGUAGUGGUGAAUUGUGGAGAUGAGAAGGUGAGGCAGUUGGGAUGUGUGAUUGAGAAGGAGAUGGGAAAAGUUAAUUUGAACGGCACAUAUAGUGUGAAGGAGGGUGUUGAAGCUAUGACUAGGGAGGCGGUUGUUGGAAUUACUGAAGAUAUGUAUUCUCAUGGUGUUAAGAGCAAUGAUAGUGAUCAUGAUGAACAAGUUAUUACCAUUAACACUGGAGACAAGAAAGAAGCAAUGGUUAAUGGAUCAAGGAUUGUUGGCAAAGAUGAGUCCGAUUCUGAUUCUGGAUGUGAUAGAGACAGUUUGUCUUCUUCUUCGUCUGCCUCCAGUAGUGAUGAUGAUGAUGAGAAAGGAGUCAAUAUCAUCAAUAAGAGGGCUUCUGAAAUUGAAGAAGGCGAGAUUCUAGCAUGUACUUCGGAUGAUAUGGUUGCUUGGAGUGAUGAUGAUGAUGGUAUGGAAGGCAGUGGUCCAAAGGGCCCAAUAAGGUCGAAGAAUGAGCUUCAGGAACUUCCUUUUGUUCCACCUGUUAAUGUGACUAUACAACCCCAUCACCAGACCCUGCCAGUUGGAAACGUUUCUUCAGUAAGGCCACGAUACUUGGAGCUCAAGUUAUUGUUGAAGGCGUGGAGAAGCACAGUCCUCUUAACGAGGGCUCAAUCCUGUGGAUAACUGAAACCAGAUCCCCGCUUGGGAUAGUUGAUGAAAUUUUUGGGCCCGUCAAGAACCCUUACUACAUUGUAAGGUAUAAUUCCGAAGAUGAAGUGCCUGCAGGGAUACAGCAAGGAACAGUGGUUUCUUUUGUCCAAGAAUUUGCACACCAUGUCCUUAACGACAAAAGUAUCUACAAGAAAGGUUAUGAUGCAUCUGGGGAAAACGACGAAGAAUUAUCAGAAGAGGGAGAGUUUUCGGACGACGAAAAGGAGGCAGAGUACAAGAGGAUGAUGAAGAUGAAAAAGAGGGGCACAAAUGAACACAAAUAUGGAGGGAACAAAAUGGAGAAGAAGAAGGUAAGAAAUCCACCAAUGUAUCAGAAACAUAAUCAAGUGAUAGAUGGUGGAAAUGUUACUAGCGGGAGCAUUAGUGUUCCAGUUGACCAAACCAAGACUCAAGGCUCCAACAAUGGUCAUUGGUCAAAUCCUGCAUCGACUCAAUCUGCACAGUUCCAUGGUUUCGGUGGUGCCCCUUCAAGUGGUGGAGGAUUGCCAUGUCAGCAGCAGCCACAGAACAAUGGGUUUCAGUCUCUUGCUAUGCAGCCGCAACAGCAGCAGCCACAAAACAAUGGAUUUCAGUCUUUCGCUAUGCCGCCGCAACAGCAACAGCAGCCACAAAACAAUGGGUUUCAGUCUUUCGCUAUGCCGCCGCAUCAGCAGCAGCAGCCACAAAACAAUGGGUUUCAAUCUUUCGCUAUGCCGCCGCAACAGCAGCAGCAGCAGCAGCCACAAAACAAUUGGUUUCAGUCUUUUGCUAUGCCACCGCAACAACAGAUGAUGCCCUUCCCAGGUGGCUUACCUGCCAUGAACAUGCAGUGGGCCCAGCCUUUUUUCAGCAUGCCUGUGGGUAAUAAUAUACCAAUGAAUAAUGUGGGUCCAAUGUUUCCGACUAACUUUGUGUUGCAUGGUGGACAGCCGAGUUUUGGUAUAUUCAACCAACCACCGCCACUUGGUGGACAAGGUUUACCCAUUAUGAAUCCCAGCCAACAACAAGUCUUACUCCCUAAAAAUGCAACACCUCAAAGUGAAUCUGGUAAUGAUUCCUGGCCCCAACCUCCUGGUGGACAGCCAAGUUUUGGGAUAUUCAACCAACCACCGCCACUUGGUGGACAAGGUUUACCCAUGAAUCCCAGCCAACAAGUCUUGCUCCCUAACAAUGCAACACCUCAAAGUGAACCUGGUAAAGAUUCCUGGUCGCAACCUUCUGGCACGCCGGAGCGUCCUAGGAAUUCUGAUCAACCUGGGAGCUUUCAAAGGAGCUUUCGCGGUGGCCGGCAAUCAAAUCACAGGGGUGGUGGCCGUUUUAGAGGCGGGAGGGGUAGACGGCAAAACAACAAUUGACUGGUCAAAUCAACAACUGGAAGUAUGUCUUCUCUAGGACAAAAAAACUAAUGUUUCGCGAAUUGAUAGCUAGUACUUGAGAAUGUAAUGCAGUGCAAUAAUGCAUUUGACCAAUUCUGUAUAAUAACUAGUUCAACUGGUUUGUGUGAUAUGAUAUUUUAUGCAUUUGUUUAUUCUUUGUGCUUAAACUUCUUCAAUUGCCUUAGUGUGAGGAAAUUUCUACCGUGCAUCUAAUAAUU